CCACCACCACCUCCCUAUGCAGCACCCCAAAACCUUCUACGCACCUGCAGCUCCCCAAGAAGGCUUCGGGCCUCGGGGUCUGGAAGGUGCUGAGGGGCUGGGCAGCCAGCCUACUCCUGCCUGUGCAGAGCCUCCUCCUGCUGUGGGCUCUGCGACCCUGUACCACCCCGAAAACAAAGAGAAAGAGGUGUUUCCAGCCCCCCCAGCAGGUUUCCAGAUGGCCCCCUGCGGGUGCUUCUUUGACCCUCGAAUCUACCGGAUUGAGUGGGCCACCACUGACUUCGGCCAGUCGUCCCUGUACAAGCUGGUGGCAGCGGGCAGCGUGGGGCCUGCUGGGGGGCCCACCUCCCCUGGCAGCUACCUCCUGGAGCCCCAGCACUACCUCAAAGCCCCGGGGCCACCCCCACAGACCCCAUACUCCCAUUAUCAGCCGGUGCCUGGAGGGGCCCAGUACCUGGUACCCUAUUUCCCCCCUGAGGGGCCUGGCCCAGAGGCCCUGGGCUUUGUGGGGGAUGGAGGGCCACCUGCAUUUGUGGAACUGGCCCCCGUAGCCCCCAAGGAGAACAAGGUGGCCCCAAUUGUCAUCACACUCCCCCAGGAGCCCACACUGCCCCCUAGCACCUACGGCCACCUCAAGGGCAACUUUGGCCAGUUCCCAGGACCUGAGGCCUUUCCUGCCAAGGAGCAGCCGUUCUCGCCCAGCCCUGGUGAACCAAAGAUGGCUGAGGCCCAGGAGACGGCUCCUCUGGGAGCAGGUGAGGCCAAGGCCCCUGAGGCAGCCAGAGCCUUCGCGCUUCCUGACAAGGUGUUGCUGGAGGAUGCCAUGAAGCUCUUUGACUGCCUGCCAGGCAGCACUGAGCCCGAAGGGACACCCAUCAAGGCCCCCUGGCCUGCCCUGCCAGAGAGCAGUGAUGGCAGCGGUGGUGGUGACGACUCAGCCAGUGACAUCCGCUCACUGCACCUGCCGGAUGAACUGCUGUCCUUUGACUAUAGUGUACCUGAGAUCCUGGACACUGUGUCCAACGUGGACUGCUUCUUCAACUUCAGGGCGCUGGAUGACGAGCCGCUGGCCCGUCCAGGGCUCCGCUCUGUGGUUGCUGCUGCUCCAGUCCCACACAGCAAGAGGAAGACUGGCUCCUCUGCUACCAAGAAGGGGAGGCUGGCUGGGAAGGGCAAACAGCCCGCAGCCCCAGCUAGCGCUGCAUCCCUGGGGCCCAGGCAGGACCUGGGCGCUGUCUCCCAUUAAAAUAUGUUUGAU